UUUUCCGUCAGACUUCUCCAUUCUCUGCGCCAUGUGCUCCAUCCCCAGUCCCAUAACUUGCAAGAUAUCCCUACCGAGUACUCGUCCUCUGCACGGAACCAAUGCUACUGCUACUGCUACCCCUACUGCGACUCCUCACUUCCUCCUUCCCAUGCUCCAUUCUCACGCGUCCAAAGCGGCCUCCUCAAUCCGACCUACAAUCCUCCAGCCUGACAUCUGGGCCUGUUGCUCCCGCUAGCAACGCUCAUUCACGAACCUCCCUGUCUCUCUUACCGAAAUCUUUCCUGUCAUCCAACAUCACUCGUCUCCCCUUGGUCACAUUCGUAUCUCGAUACUGGCUGACUGUUCAUACCAUACCCGCACCUCGGAUAACUCACCAUCAACUUCUGCCUACUCCUCUUCACCCGCUCGAAACCCGCUCGGAGCUGCUCCGCGACUCCUUGCCCUCGUUGCCAUCGACCUGGAUCAUCAAGGAGGCGUCUCAAGAAUAGCUCCGCUUACAACUCGCCAAUCCCUGCUGCAGUCGGUGAGCCAACGGCCCAGCCUUCGAUAUAACAUUGCAGGAAACAGAUACACGGUACGCAUACGCAUCGCCCACCCGGCCCUUCUCUGCUCUUACGAGUCAUUUUAGAACCACCCAUGGCACACUUCACAGACCAACAUGGGCCACAUAGACCGAAACCACCCAUUGCCUCGUGGCGGAAGGGUCCCAUACGGGCAUCUUCCUGGCCAUCACCUCGAGCC